CCCCCCUUCUUCUUUUUCUUCUUCUUCUUCUAAAUCUAAAUACAGCAAGAAAGUUCUGCGUUGGCUAGGGCUGGGCUUACAGGCGCAUCACCAAGCCCACGCCAGUCCCCACCCCUCCUUCCCUUCCCUUUUCUUCCCUCCCUCUCCCUCCAACUCCGUGACUCACACCCAACACGCAAAAUCCCAACCUCCGCUUGAGUGACAGGGCGCCGGCUUUUCCUCGUUGUCCUUUUUUUUUAAAAAAAGCCCUAACCUCCGAACGCAAGGGUAAUGAUUUAUCAAACUCUUAUUAUCACGAAAAUGUCACACGAAAGGCACCUUGCUCUACACUGACGCAAACCCUCAGUCUUUCCCGCAGAGGUAUAGAAAGCUUGGCGCUCUCGCCCGCCUCCUGCUUUUCUGCUGCUGCUCCUGCUCUCGCUCGGCCAAGCCAAUCCCCUCUCCUGCCGCUUCUUCCAGCCGAUGCUGUUGUAGAGAUGGAUUCCACGGGCCCCAAGGAGAUGAGCCAACAGCCGCCGGCCAACAGCCCGGAUCCGAUGGCCUCCAGGCCCGCGGCCCUGAUCCGCAACAGCCCCGAAAGCGAGCAGCCGCCCAAGAACCCGCCCUCGCACGUCCCCUCCCAGCUGGCCCAAGUGGCCACGGCGCUCUCGGAGGAGGCCCGGGUGGGCAUCUGCCAAGCGGGCCCGGCGCAGGCCCCCCGAGAGGCCCCCGGCGCCCCGCCCCCCAAGAGCGCCGCCCCCUCCGCCCCCUGCAAGGUCGCCCCGCUGCAAAGGGCCCAGGGCGGCGGGGAGGGAGGCCCCGCCGGGAGCAAGGGCGGCCUGGAGCAGAACAACGCCUGGAUCAACAUGAGCCAGAGCACCGUGGUGCUGGGCACCGAUGGCAUCACCUCGGUCCUCCCCGGCAGCAGCGGCAGGGUCCCUGAGCAAACGGAAGAAGAUGAAGGGGACGAAAAUAAAGCCCGGGGAAACUGGUCUAGCAAGCUGGAUUUCAUCCUCUCCAUGGUGGGUUAUGCAGUAGGGCUGGGAAAUGUCUGGAGAUUCCCGUACCUGGCCUUUAAGAAUGGGGGAGGUGCAUUCCUUAUUCCCUAUUUGACAAUGUUGGCUCUGGCUGGGGUUCCUAUCUUUUUCUUGGAGGUUUCUCUGGGACAGUUUGCAAGUCAGGGUCCUGUGUCUGUUUGGAAAGCCAUCCCUGCCUUACAAGGUUGUGGCAUUGCCAUGCUGAUUAUCUCUGUCCUAAUAGCCAUAUAUUACAAUAUUAUAUUGUGCUACACACUUUUCUACCUUUUUGCAUCUCUUGUAAAUGUGUUACCUUGGGCUUCCUGUAACAAUCCAUGGAACACUCCGGAUUGCAGAGAUAAAGACAAACUUUUGUUAGAUUCCUGUAUCAUUGGUGACCGGCCCAAAUUACAAAUAAAGAACUCCACUUUCUGUAUGAGUGCCUAUCCAAACUUGACAAUGGUAAAUUACACCACCAGCCAUGUCAACAAAACCUUUGUCAGUGGCAGUGAAGAGUACUUCAAGUACCACGUGUUGAAAAUCUCUGCAGGGAUUGAAUAUCCUGGUGAAAUCAGGUGGCCUUUAGCACUGGCUCUCUUUCUGGCUUGGGCAAUUGUUUAUGCCUCCCUGGCUAAAGGAAUAAAGACUUCAGGAAAAGUGGUGUAUUUUACUGCUACAUUCCCUUAUGUAGUGCUUAUCAUCCUGCUCUUCAGAGGAGUAACCCUUCCAGGAGCCGGGGCUGGAAUCUGGUACUUCAUCACACCUAAGUGGGAGAAACUAACUGAUGCUAUGGUGUGGAAGGAUGCUGCCACUCAAAUCUUUUUCUCUUUGUCUGCUGCAUGGGGUGGUCUGAUUACUUUGUCUUCCUAUAACAAAUUUCAUAACAACCUAUACAGGGACACCUUGAUAGUAACUUGCACCAACAGUGCCACGAGUAUAUUUGCAGGCUUUGUCAUUUUUUCAGUUAUUGGAUUCAUGGCAAAUGAGCUCAAAGUAGACAUUGAAGAUGUUGCAGACCAAGGUCCUGGAAUUGCCUUUGUAGUAUAUCCUGAAGCCUUAACUCGGCUUCCUCUUUCACCAUUCUGGGCUAUAAUUUUCUUCUUGAUGCUCCUAACACUUGGCUUGGACACGAUGUUUGCCACUAUUGAGACAAUAGUGACAUCAGUUGCGGAUGAGUUUCCGAAGUAUUUACGUACCCACAAGCCUCUGUUCACUCUUGUUUGCUGUGUUUCCUUUUUCAUCAUGGGCUUUCCUAUGAUCACUCAGGGUGGAAUGUACAUGUUGCAGCUUGUGGACACCUAUGCAGCAUCUUACUCUCUGGUUAUAAUAGCCAUUUUUGAACUUGUUGGCAUUUCAUACAUUUAUGGCUUGCAAAGAUUUUGCGAAGAUAUAGAGAUGAUGAUUGGAUUCCAGCCAAGCAUAUUCUGGAAAGUCUGUUGGGCUUUUGUGACCCCAACAAUUUUAACAUUCAUCCUUUGCUUCAGCUUUUACCAAUGGGAACCAAUGACUUAUGGCAGCUACCACUAUCCAGGAUGGUCUAUGGUACUCGGAUGGUUGAUGUUGGCUUGCUCUGUUAUCUGGAUUCCUAUUAUGUUUGUUAUAAAAAUGCACAUAGCUCCUGGCAAAUUUAUUGAGAGGCUCAAGCUGGUCUGCUCUCCACAGCCGGAUUGGGGACCAUUCUUGGCUAAGCAUCGUGGGGAACGUUACCAGAACAUGAUAGACCCACUGGGAACAUCAUCUCUUGGACUUAAACUGCCACCAAAAGAUUUUGAAUUGGAGACACCAUGCUAGUAACUCUCCCACUUGUGGCCCUGUUGUACAGCCCAUUGCUUUGAUCUUUCUCUUUCUUUCUUUCUUUCUUUCUUUCUUUCUUUCUUUCUUUCUUUCUUUCUUUCUUUCUUUCUUUCUUUCUUUCUUUCUUUCUUUUCUCACAGUGCCUGAAAGUGGUUGUUAGGGAGUAAGAUUUAUUGUUGCAUGCAUACAGUAAAGAACUAUAGACCACUUUAAGUACUGGGAUUUAGUUCCUAUACAGUGGUGCCCAGGAAGGAGUGCUUUCACCGUGGAACAGUGACAAUCAGUGAGUUAUAUUAGGAAAUUGUUUUUGUGAAUGUUGGGCCAAUUCUGCUCUUGGGACUAAUUAAUUUACAUAACUUAGUUUAAUUUCUUGUGGCCACAUGGGUAGAAUGCAAGUUUUCUAGCACCAUCUGGGCACUCCAUGACCCCUACAUCAAUUUGCUGAAACAGAAAUGAGCUGGCAACUGUGAGUUUACAAUACAAGGCAGAUAACUCGUCAGAAGUUAUAUGUUUAUGCUUGCUUGCCAUCUUGUUGGGUUUUUAAAAAAUGUAUGCCUUUCACGUCACAAAAUCAGUCCAGCACAGAGGUUCUAUUGCCUAAUUUUAGGGUUGCACAAAUUGACUAUGCAUUGCUGAGGGUAGAGAAAGCAUACCAUUUGGUUUCCUGCUCUGUGUUUGUUGAUUUUAAAGGGUAUUAAAUUAAGCAUAACUAUCUGAUGACUAAAACUAAGUGGUUCAGAUGUCAUCUAGGUAAACCUGUUUUGUACUUUUGCCCCAAGUUAUAACUACAGUAUCAUAGCAUUUUAAUGCAAUGUCUGGUUGUAACUGGAUACAUAAACAGAACAAUCAGGCUAGUAGCCUAUUGCUACUGACUGACUUAAAACCAGUUCUGAUGCCAGGUGGCUUAAGCCAAAGCCUUUCCUGUCCUGAUAUCCUUUUAUUCUGAGACAUCAUAUGUGAAGAUAUCUGUACUCUUAUACAAAGCGGUGGGCCCCUUAUUUUGCACCUGAAGUUAUGAUUAUCACAUACUCACAAAGUAAGAGUUGGAUGUAUGAAACGCCAUCAACUAUUGCACGAUGCAGCUGAGAAUAUUAUGCAACAUAUGGAACUAGAUUCCUACCUCGGUAUUGCUAGACAAAAAUGCAGAAGGGCUUCAUGCAGAAUUUGAACAGAGUACUCCACUAUUUAUGCCAUAGGAGCCAAACAUGGCCCAGGAAUUCUGCCAACAUGUCUUCCAUUCAGUGGCUGCUAGUUAUAUUGACACUAGCAGAGCUGCCUUCAAUGCAUGCAAGGAGGCAGUCUUUCAAUAAGGUGCACUGAUAUAAUAUGAGACUUGGCCUUGAUGCAGAAAGAUUAGUGAGCCUUUUAGGCUUUUUAAAGGUGUGUUGUGGGGCAGGGUAAAAAUAAUGUGAAAGCAUAAGGAGAUAUAAUGUGUGAGACAAAGCUACAUUCUUCUGAAAUCUGAUGUAAAAAGAGUGCCAAGCUGAGGCAGAUGGGCACCUCUGUCUUAAUUAAUUUCAUGCAGUUCAGUUAAUGAUCUACUAGCCUCCCUUUCAUUAAAAGUCUUUUGUUCUGAAUAUAUUUACUGAUUCAGUUUUAGUGAUAAACUGAAGAAGGACAAAACCUGCUUUUCAGUUUAUCCCAUGUACAGUUUCUUUGCUUUCUUCACUUUUGUUUACAAUCUCAAGAAGCCAUCAUAUAAUUUGUGCCUAAUUUUAUAUUGCUACAGUGGUAUCAAUAUAUAUACUCAAGCUUCCAUGUACAAAAUAACUGUUAGCAUUUACCUGUGUAGUUCAGCAGUGUGAUUUGCCCAUGCCAUUUUUACAAGGUUCUUUAUAGACAGCCUUUUGAUGUAUUCUCCUCUUUCAUCCCACAGGGUGAGAGAAAGAACUGAACCCUGAAGUUAUUCUAAAUAGAUAUACUGUAAUUAUUAUUAUAGUUAUAAUGUACAAUUCAUCGCAAUGUCAGAUUACUCCUCAAAACAGCCAGUUUGAUGUGUACAUACUUUUAUUCCCCUGUCCUCAUCCUUCUGAUCAUUUAAAACUCGCAGGCCACAAACCACCAUCAUAACUCAAAUAAGUAGAGGGACCGUGUAGAAAUAAAGAAGAAUAUGUUGGUACAUCAUCCAUUAACACCUCUGUGUUGUGCUGCUUAGGGCACACUCCAUAGCAUUGCACUACAAUAUGUGCAGUGAUAUACAAGAAUUAAUCAAUACUUUUUAAACUAUCAAGUAUGUCAAAAAUAAAGCUUGUAAGAAUACAUUCCAUGAACUCCAUAGGAAUAACCACCCUAUUUAUUGUACAUGCACUAUACAAUGAGGGAGAAAAAUACAUCUUUAAUAAUUGGCAAAACUGUAACCUUUACUAUCAUCUUGUAUUCUAUACAUGCAUAUAUGAGGUUUUAAGACGUGAUCAGUGUUCAUGUAGUGUGUACUAGUGCUGUUAGAUGUCCCUAUGAAAUAUCUUAGCAACCAAUGUGUAGAGGUGGUGAGUUUAGAGUAGUUUUGCUUGUUUAUUUUCCCCUCCCAGUGUUUGUGGUAGCCAGUCUAACUGUAUUUCCUUUCAGGGAACUGUUCUUUACAUCAUAACCUUUCCUUCAUCUUUCUAUUUGUCUUCCCAUUACAGGGUCUCAGGUAAAUCUUGAGUUUGAAAAUAUAUAUAUCUCUGUUUUGUAGAUUUACUGUUUUCAUCCUGUUAGGGAGAAAUGUUUUAAAAACAGAAUCUAAAAUGAUUGAAACUUAAUAGAUGUUUUAAAAUAUUAUAUCUAAAUAUUCAUAGUAUAUUUAUAUGGAAUACAGAAAUUUGGGGGCAUGUUCCAGUCAAAGCAAAAGCUGAGCACUUGCCAUUGAUUUCAGUGGGAAAAAUUAAAAGUAUGAUAAAUUACUUCCAUCCAAAUAACUGAGAGUUAAAUGUGCUUGACUUUGGCUGGACUGUUGCCUGGAAUCAUUUUGCUGAACUUUCUCUUCUGAAAGGGCAGAAUAAUGUUGCCAGUUCUCUGCUGCUAUUGGAUGACUGUUAGCCCUUGGGCAGCCGACAGGAAGCACAAUCAAACAAAUUGCCAUCAGUUGGAAUGGAAAAAGAUUUUAAAAUGUUCUACUAGCCCGCUCCCCCUCCCCAUCCCCAUAUUAAGCACAAUUUGCUGGGAUCGCCCUCUCAGAUAUUCUAGGAAAUUCAGGGACAUGUGCAAAGUCUCUUUGAUUCCACUGGGCAGGUGAUGUUUCAGUAUGUUGUGUGUGCCUUUUGGGGGUCUGUCUUGAUCCUGAUGUAGCUUGAAGAAUUAAGUAUGUGCACCUUUCAUUAGUGUACCAGCCUUAAUUUUGAGUGCUGGGAACACUUUUGCCAGAUGAUUCAGUGGGGAACUACUAUUCUACACUUGGUCUAGGUGGGAUUUAGUUUGUUUGUUUGAGCUGUGCUUUAAAGAUCCAUUUCAGUUUCAUAACCCUGAGCUGAAAAUGAACUUUUGCAAACACACAUCAAUGUGUAUUGGACACUAACAUGAGUAAUCAGAAUAGAAUAUUUUUAAAUUAAUGACAAAAACAAGUCAACUUAAGUCAAUUCAUACUGGGUAAUAAAUUAUAGGUGACCUUGUUUUGUGCAUUUUUUAAUUUUUCUGUUUUAAAUCUGACUUCAUUUUAUGGGUUAGCCCUAAUCAAGUUACUUUCUAAACACAGAUUAUAUUUUUAAAUAUUUUAUUAUUUGCUUUUUUAAAAGCAGUGCUUAGUCAUGAGCAUUAUGAAAACAGCAUUCAAAGCAACUACUAAGGAAAGCAAAAGAUAUAUAUAUAUAUAUAUAUAUAUAUAUAUAUAUAUAUAUAUAUAUAUAAGAAUUUAUAUUCUGCUCUAUCUCCCCGAGGGGACUCAGGGUGGAUUACAGAAGACAUAUACGGCACACAUUCAGUGCCGUUAUACAAUUAACAAGGAUAGACAUUACAUAAACAGAGAUAAAGGUUUUCCCAUCUUUUCCAUUUCCAGCAUCUGGAGGCUGUGCUUGACUCCGGCCACCGGGAUGUAUGCUGUUGCUUCAUCUUCCAUGCCAAGAAAUUUGUCGUCCUUAGAUUCCUUUUGAUCAAAUCGCUGGCAUGUCUUUUUGGGCACCUUUUAUUACCUCCCUGCUUAAAGUGGUACCUAUUUAUUUACCUGCAUUUCUGUUUUUGAUUUGCUAGGUAGGCAGGGAGCUGAUGCUGAGGGUGGGUGCUCACCCCGACCCGGGCUUGAACUGCCAACCAACCUGCUGUGCUAAGCCCGGCACAGCAACACCAGACAAAAAUAUCAAUUAAAAGCAAAUUGCCAUUUCUCCUCAAGCUGUAGGAGGUUUUGGAUUCUUGAAGGAGACUGCAUAUUAUUUCAGGCAAUCAGUGGUAAAUUCAACAGAUACAAUAACCACAAUAUAAAUAAAUAAAUAAAAGCCCAAAUAUAUGGGUAUUUCUAAUUUUUUCUUAUAUAUGGGCAAUGACACCAAAUAUUCUUCCACCUAGAGUGGGAACUACAAUAGCAGAGCACACUCACUUCAUGUAGAUCAGUGGUUUUCAACUUGUGGGCCUCCAGGUGUUGUGGCCUACAACUCCUAGAAAUCCCAGCCAGUUUACCAGCUGUUAGGAUUUCUGGGAGUUGAAGGCCAAAUGAUCUGGGCACUCACAGGUUGAGAACCACUGAUAAAGAGAAAUCCCUGUGAACUCCCCUGGUAAGCAGUGCUGGAAGGGUAUCUUUUUAGAGAGAGCUGCUGCCAGUCAUUGUAAACAGCACUAGAUCAAAUGAAUAACGGUUCUGACUAGAACUGGAUUAAGACAUGCACAGGACCUAUGCUAUAUCAGAUUUAAGAUGCACUAGGGGCUCUCUUUAACUCCAAAAAUGUAUUCUAAAAGAAUCAGAAAUUUUGCAUUUUGGGUUUUUCUUUUCUUUUUGCAUUUAGAAGCCUCCCUCUGUCUAGUGCCCUGGAGCUCAGCUUAUUUAACUUGCACAUAAAUUCAUUGCUGGCUGUGACUCAGUCUAAAACAGCUUCCUAUGCCUACAUGUUUUAUAUUACACUGGCUAAGUAUUUUCAUUCCUAUGGAAAAUAAUACACUUCACUUGCACACCUAAUGUUUAUAACUGGUACCACAGCAGUGCCAAUGCAACCUGGAGAAUAGCCAUUAUUUUCUGCAAUUGAAAAUAAAUAGGAUAUUGUUGUGCCAAAGUUAUGGGUGGUAGCAUCAUAUUAGUUUCAGUGCUAACUUACACACAUGCUGAACUUUCUCCAGUUGUUACAGGUUGAGCAUUCCUUCUCCAAAAUCUUUGGGACCAGAAGUGUUCUAUGUUUUGGAUUUUUGGUUGAUUUACUUUGGAAUACAGUACUCACAUAUGCCUAUUGAGAUACCUUAGAAAUGGGAUCUCAGUAUGAAAUUCAUUUAUCUUUCAUAUCCAUAUUAUACAUGUAGCCUGAUGGUAAUUUUAAACAAUAUUUUUAUUAAUAUUGUGUAUGAAUCAGAGUAUGUCUACACUGAACCACCAGAAAGCAAAUGUGUCACUCUCUCAGUCACCUAUGUGGACUGUUUUGGAUUUUGAAGUAUUUUGGAUGUUGGAAUUCUGGAUAAGGGAUGCCCAACCUGUACCAAUAAGAGUUCAAUAUUUUACAUAAAUUGUCUGUCUGCAACUUUUUUAAAAAGAGGCUAUACAUUCUGCCUUCAGACUACCAUUAUACUUCCCUGAGAAGCUUACUUUUCAGGUCUGCUGCUAUGGCGAGUUCCCUCUCUGAGAAGCUAUAUUUGUUGAACCGGAACAAACUGUCGACCUCAAAAUACGGGUGCCCGAAUUUGGUCUGAUUCAUAUAACCAUCUGGACACAUACUGACCUUUCUGAAAAGCCUUUGAAAGUUGGUUCCCUGCCAAUCAUGCACAGCUGUGGCCACAUGGUGUUCUCAGAAUUUGGCCAACACUGUCAGUCACUCGAAAAAGGCAGGGGGUGGCAGAUCUGAACGUUUUUGUUCUGGGAGUUUGCAAGCAGUGAGCCAAUAUGCACAAAUAUGUCAAACAGUUUUCAAGGGUCAUUGUGACUCUGAUGGUUGAGUGACAGUGGCACUUAAAUUGCAUCUAAUGCCACAGAAAUCUAUACAGUCACUUUAAAAUGCACAACUGAGCCAGAGAACUGCAAAGCAUGUAAUCUAGAGCAAGUAUAUGCUAUGGGAUACGAACAUCAGUUGGUAGCACUGAGUCAUUUAGGGGAGAAAUAACUCUUAUAAAAUUCUUAUUUUACAAAUGGUAGUAAUUUUCCAUUGAAUCUGAUGGCAAAACUCUUGACACAAAAGCUUCAGUCGAGGGUGCUCAAAGUGAACAGUCUAAUUUUAGUUUCUGUCUAGUGCCUACAGUACAGAAUCUAUAAAUUUUUUAAAACAAAAAAUCAAUCUUCACUGUCCUGAUAGUUUCAGUGGAGGGGAAAAACAUUAGUUCAUGCUUAAAUUAAUCAGGCAUAGUAUUUGACUCUAAUCUAUUAAACAAAUGUUGGUUAUAAAAUAAUCAAGUAUUUCAUAACUGUUUGAGUUGUCUAGUAACAAUUGCACAUGUUUGAAGAGCACUUCCUGAAUACCAUCAAAGUAUUUUAGUAGCUAAUUUUUUAAAAAUGUUAAAGAAUAAACAAUGAAAGAAAAGCCAUAUUUACAUAAAGGUAAUAUAGUGUUUAUAAUAUGACCUUGAAAAUAAUAAUGGGGAAAGACUGAGAAUCCCAUGGUAGAUUGUCCUUGUGGCACAUUUUGUCUAACAAAUGAGUCUCAAUUUUGAGUAAGCCAGAUGCACUGUUGUAUACAUUUAAAAUGUUCAAUGCAAAAUGAUCUACCUUCAAAUUCUUUAGGGUCAUCUGUACAGAGGACCUGUGUUUCUGUUUCACACAGCAGCCCUUUGGUGCCAAAACAAGGGUUUAACAAAAUAAGCCUUAGACUGUCCCUAAGCUAAUGUUUCAUUUGGGUCAAGUUAUUGUUUGAAUUGGGUUCUACUCCACUAAUUGAACGGAUGUGCCUCUGCACAGGGCAGUAAUAAUAAUACUGAUAAUUAUAAUAAUCGUUUCCACUUUAUUAUGGUUUCUAUUUUGCCAUAAAAUGUCAUUUAACAUUAAUGAACCUUUUCUCUAUUCCCCUUUAUAUAUAUGUGUGUGCAAUUAUGUGGUUUAUGGGUUUAUAGAGAUCUCUUCCUAGACUUAUUGCUUAUUACAUGCAGAUGCUGCUUUUUUCCUUUCCUCUUAAACUGCACUUUUUGCAAGUUUUGUAACUCAAAUGAGCAAAGAUGAGAAUGAAAUGUCAGUGCUUCCAGUUGCAGGCAUGCCAGGUAUUCCUUUGCUACAGGGAGAGGUCAAUCCAGCAAACUCUGCUGCUGCUGUACAGCCUCCAUCCCUUUAAAUGUGACUCUCACUACCACCUCAUAGGGAGUGAGGUCUCCUGGGUUAAUCCCAGGAAGCAUUCCAGGCAGAAGUCCUUAAGUGUUGCCACUGACCACAGUGCGUUUUGUGUGACUCUUGAUUUCCUUGCUUGUAACUAAAAUGUCUUGCAUAUAAUCCACUUUGCAUACUGACCUGCUUGAAACUUAGCAUUCCACUUUAGACUUGAAAGGAAGGGAAGAAAAAUGCAAUUAAAGUAUUAAUGGUUUCUGCCUUUGCAUCAUCAUCAGGCAGCCAAUAACCAAAGAGCGCGAGAGUGUGUAUCUUAGAGGGGCUGAAUUUUAAAUGUGAAAGCUGGGCUGGACCGUAUUGCUUGCAAUAGUAUGAUUUUGUCCGCCAUGUUUUAAAUACAUCUUCAGGUAACCAUUUGCCUUAUAGGUGUAUUUCAUUGUUAGAAAUAAUUAGUGUUUGACUAGAAUAUAUUGUUGUCCGUCAUCGAAAGUAUAUAGUGUACUUUGUGUCUUCUAGGCACUUUAUGGUCAACCUAUCAUGGAAUAGGUUAAUACUUAAUUACUUGCGUAAUGUCAUAAAUACUUACAGGCAUUCUAUAGGGGUACUGCUGCCUAUGGAUAAAGAUAUGUACCCUAAUCAGGACAUUAUAUUUUCUCCAUGUAUAAGCUAAUGGGAAAAGAAUACAUUAUGUUUCAAAGGAUGCAUAUCUUAUAUAUAAAUAUAUAUGUAUCUUAUAUAGCACCUAUGAUAAUAUAUUAUACAUUAUUCAUUUAAAAAGUCAUUGUUUUUGAGGCCCUACCUCAAAUUUUGUAUUUAUGUGUAAAAAUGCAAUUUACUGUAUUAUAUAUUUGGCUAUUAUAUUCCGAUGUUACAGAUUAGAAUUUAUCCUAUAAUGUAUGAGUUCAGGGGGAAAAAAACCUAAAUAAAUGUCCUGUGUUUAAAAGACA